GUAAACAUUGUUGUUGGCUUGCAGCCCACCCACCCCAAGCUUGCUGCUUCCAAUUAGCGGGUGAGUCUGUGUGCUCUCCAUGGUGGGCGCAUAGCCCUCCCUGCCUGCAGCCUGUCUGGAGCUGUGGCUCCCUGCUCAGCUUGGUGCCAUGGGCUUCGUCCACCACCUCCUGCUGCUGGCCAUGCUGAUGCUGCUGGCCGGCUUCUCCCUGCUGCCUGGGGAGGGUCAGCAGGUCAAGGUCCUCUUCACCCCCACGAUCUGCCACAUGCACUGCAGCAAUGGGCGCUGCACUAACCGAUGCCAGCAGGGCAACGCUACCACUCUGCUCAGCGGGGAGGCCGCCCGGGCAGUGGAAGGGGCUUCCGGAUUCCGAGUCUUCCUGUGUCCCCUCAUCUGCCAAAAUGGGGGAGUCUGUCUCAGGAAGGACAAAUGCCUCUGCCCCCCGCACUGGACAGGGAAGUUCUGCCACAUCCCGGCCUUUCCUUACCUCAGCCAAGGCCCUGCUCACCCGGGAACCGAGGGGGAGCUGGAGAACAGGUGGCAGCAGCAGUCCGUGCACACCCUUCCCAUCGCCAACCACCGCUACGAGCGAGACGGUCUGGCGUCGCUGGUGAACGUCCACGUGGAGCACCCGCCGGAGGCCUCGGUCACCAUCCACCAGGUGGAGCGAGUCAGCGAGGAGUCCCUACCCAGCGACCCCAACGCCUUCUCGCCCUCCCGCCGAGCCCUCGCCGGCGUCUUGGCCCAGAGCAGCCGCCGGGAUCCCGAGGGUGGCUACGGCGAAAGCUCCGGCUUCGGCUACUGCUUCCAGCAGCUGCGCGGCGAAGAGUGCAGCGCCCCCCUGCCUGGGCUGCGCACGCGAGAGAUCUGCUGCCGUGGCUCCGGUGUCGCCUGGGGUGUCCAUGGCUGCCUGCCUUGUGCCGAUGGGGACGUGGGGGCCUCCGGGUCAGUUGGGAGGAACGCGGGGGGCUGCCCCAGAGGGUUCCUGCGGCUGAAUAACUCUUGCGUGGACGUGGAUGAAUGCCAGGAGGGCAACUUCUGCCACAAUGGGGAAUGUACCAACACGCGUGGCAGCUUUGCCUGUGUUUGCCAUGAGGGCUACAUCCUUGAUUCCUCCCGCAGCAGCUGCAUCUCCCACCAUGUGAUCUCCGAGGUGAAAGCCCCCUGCUUCCGCGUGUUGAGGGACGGACGCUGCUCCCUGCCCACCCUGCGGAACAUCACCAAGCAGAUUUGCUGCUGCAGCCGGGUGGGCAAGGCCUGGGGCUGGGGCUGCCAGCACUGCCCGCCCUUCGGCUCAGAGGGGUUCAAGGACAUCUGCCCGGCUGGGCCCGGCUAUCACUACUCUGCCUCGGACCUCCGCUUUGACACUCGCUUCCUUGGCCAGGACCCCCCCAGGGUGCCGGUGACCCGCCAGCAUGGGAGGCAGGGGCCUCCCCCCCAGGUGCCUCGGACAACAGCAGCACCGCCGUCUCUUGUGGCUCUCUGGAGCACCCCUCCCACUACGCGGCUGGAGCGCUUUCCUUGGCCCCUGCCCUCUCGGCCCCCUGGGUCUGGGCCAGCUGCACCAAGCACAGAAGAGGCUGAGCGAAGGGUGUGCGAGAGACACCCCCAGGUGUGCGGGCCAGGACGAUGCAUUCCCCGCCGGGGGGGCUACACUUGCGUGUGUGACCGCGGCUACUGGUUGAGCCCUCAAGGCACUCACUGCAUUGAUGUGGACGAAUGCCGCAGCAGUCCGCGCCCCUGUGCCAAUGGGCAUUGCCAGAACUCCCCGGGUAGUUUCAGCUGCAGGUGCCACACGGGCUUUCACGCCGACCCCUCUGGAGUGGAGUGCCAGGAUGCAGAUGAGUGCCAAGAGCGCCCCUCCCUCUGCCAGCCUGGCCGCUGUGAGAAUGUGCCGGGUGGAUAUCGCUGCAGCUGUCCCAUUGGUUACCAGACGAACCCGCUGGGGACUCUAUGUGCAGAUUUUGAUGAAUGCCUGCAAAGCCCUCCCCCCUGUGGCUCCGGUCGCUGUGAGAAUGUGCCCGGGGGAUACCGCUGCCUCUGCCCUGCCGGGUUCCGGGCCAGCCUGACGGAAGACCAAUGCCUGGAUAUUGAUGAGUGUGCAGCAGCGGCAUUGCCUUGCGGCCCUCAGGGGCACUGCCUCAACACGGAGGGCUCCUUCCGCUGCCAGUGUGCCCGAGGGUACCGGACGGAGGGCACAGGGGGCACUUCCUGUGUGGAUGUCAACGAGUGCCUGGAGGGAGACUUCUGCUUCCCACGGGGCGAGUGCCUCAACACCGAGGGCUCCUACACCUGUCUGUGCGCCCAGGGCUUCACUGCGGCCCCCGACAGGGCCUCCUGCGAGGACAUUGACGAAUGCCUCAGCGCUACAGUCUGUGCUGGAGGGCACUGUGCCAACGCCGAAGGCUCGUUUGAUUGUUAUUGCCCCCCUGGCACCCGCAGCACACCCAGCAAAGCCGCCUGUGAGGACAUAGAUGAAUGCCAGGAGUACGGGGCAGCCCUCUGUGGAAGGCAGCGCUGUGAAAACUCAGCCGGCUCCUACCGCUGUGUUGUGGCUUGCCAGGCCGGCUACCGAACCAGUGGCGCAGGAGACUGUGUUGAUAUCGAUGAAUGCCAGGCGCCCGGGGCGUGUGGAGAGAUGCGAUGUGAGAACACACUGGGCUCCUAUCACUGUGUGGCCACCUGCCAGAUGGGCUACCAAGCCACAGUUGCUGGGGGCUGCGUAGAUGUGGACGAGUGCCAGAACAGUUCCACGUGUGGUGCCCAUGCCAUCUGCCACAACUUGCUUGGCUCUUUCCAAUGUAUCUGUGACCAGGGCUAUGAAAGUGCCAGGGAUGGGCAGCAUUGCGUAGAUGUGAAUGAGUGUGAGACACUGCAGGGGGUGUGUGGAACAGCACCGUGUGAGAACGUGGAAGGCUCUUUCCUCUGCAUCUGCCCCCAAACUGGGGAAGAGUUUGACCCCAUGACUGGCCGCUGCCUUGCUUUGCCCAGUGCUGCUCGUCCCCCAGCCCUCCUCAGGCACCCAGAGGCUGCGCAGCCAGAGAGCGCUGCUGACAGCCUGCGAAGGGACUGCUACUAUGACCCAAACGCCGCCCAGGCGUGUGAAAACGUCCUGGCCAGGAACGCCACCCGCCAGGAGUGCUGCUGUAGCCUCGGCCACGGGUGGGGCCUGGACUGCCACAUCCAGGCCUGCCCCUCCUUGGGGACAGCCGAAUUCCAGGCUCUGUGUCCUCACGGCACUGGCUAUGCAGCUGUCCUCGUCAGAAACGCCCCAGCAGUUACAGAUGUGGACGAGUGUGCCCUCUUCGGCUCCCAGGUGUGCAAGGGCGGGGUUUGUCUGAACAAGAUCCCUGGCUACGCCUGCUACUGCCCCAAUGGCUUCUAUUACGAGACGCAACACCUGGAGUGCAUUGAUAACGACGAGUGCCUGGAUGAAGAAGCCGAGCCCUGCGUGGGGGGGCAUUGCAUCAACACCAUCGGCUCCUACUACUGCUCUUGCGCUGCUCCCCUGGUGCUGGACCCCUCCCAGCGCCGCUGCGUGACCAAUGAGAGCCACGGCCUGGAGGAGGACCUGGCCGUCUGCUGGCAGGAGGUGGGCCCGGACCUGGUGUGCCGCCGACCCCGCCUGGACCGCCGGGUGCCAUACACGGAGUGCUGCUGCCUCUACGGGGAGGCCUGGAGCAUGAACUGCGCUCUGUGCCCAGCCCGGGACUCGGAUGACUUUGAGGCCCUGUGCAAUGUCCUGCAGCGCCCCAGUUAUGGGUUGGGGCGGCCGGGCAGCCUGGGGGCACCCUUCGAAUAUGGCGGAGGAGAGUUUCUGCCUUACGGCCCCGAUGUCUACGGCCCCCUGGCCCGGCCCGGCCCUCUGUUUCCCAGCUAUGACGCUCUCCCUCACGAGUCACUGUAUGGACCAUCCCCCUACGAGGCGGCAGCUGGCCUGGAGGACACACCCUAUAGCCAUGCGCAGCUGGACACCCCGGCUGAGGAGCCUCGCAGCCGCCCUGACUCAGACUGGCACUACCCAUCCCAUGGCCGUGGGCACUCCUAUUCUGAACGGCCCAGUCGCGCCAGCGAAGACUACCGAGGCUUUGGAGGUGCCGGGGGGCUCCCGGCCGAGGAGUGCGGGAUCCUGAGUGGCUGUGAGAAUGGCCGGUGUGUCCAGGUUGCGGAUGGGUUCACCUGCUCCUGCAAUGAGGGCUACCGCCUUGACCCGACCCACAUGGCCUGCCGUGAUAUUGACGAAUGCAGGGAGGUGGAGAGGCUGUGCUCCGGCGGCCGCUGCCUCAACCUGGAGGGCUCCUACCGUUGCGUGUGCCCCCUUGGCACCGUGCCCGCAGGGCAGCCCCCUCGCUGCCUCCACAACCCCCGCAGCCGAGCCUGAGCUGGGGUGGGUGGGGAAUAUUUAUUACCUGUCCAGGUGGGACUGGAGAAAGGAGGUGAAAGGACCCCUCUGGAGGAGCUGGGAAGGUGGCCGGGGCUCAGGAGAGGAGGGGGCUCUUCCGCUUCUGGCCAGGGCCAUGGGGGGAGGGGGGGUGGCCAAAAGGUCCCAAAACGGGGCCAGAUCCCUCUUGUCCUUGGAAGGCAGGAGCCUGUCUGGCUGCCUCUGAUUGGAAACAUUUUCUCCCCCCCCCCCCGCGUUGUCCGUGUGUGUGUGGGGGGGGGAAGGCAUGCUGCCCCCCCCAGCCACUUUUCCUCACCUGCUAAAGACUUGGGGCAGAGUUACCCUGCAGGGGCUUUUGCCUGGGGCCUGGGAAUAGGGCUCCUGCCCUUUCCUCCUGACUUGAGGGCAGCAUGGAAGCCCCCACCCCCAAACAUUUCCUGGGUCUUUGUGCCUGUGGUGAGGAGGGGGACCUACAACUCUCCACCUCUGAUUCCCCGGCUGCACCUCCCUUUUUCCUCCAACAGUUGCUCAAACUCCCACAAUCCAGGUAGGGGCUGUCAGCCAGGCGGGGGGGCCUUUUGGCAUCAUGCCAGCUGGGGCCACAGUCACUUCUUCACUGCUGUUACUGGACCAAUAAAUAUUUUCUAUAAAAGGA